UUACAGCUACAAAACGAAGACGUACGAGCAUACGAGAUGCAUAUGUAUCUUUCAUGAUUAUAUUUAUAAAGCCAAUAUUUAAAGAAUUUCGUUCUUUCCCGCCAAACUAUCCAGUGUCAUUUCAUCAAAAAGGAACCGUCGAAUAUUACCGUCAUGGAACAAGGCAGAGCAUCUCCCGAUUCACCUUCGGGAUCUAAUUCUAAAACAUUUUUUGAGAGAAAUACCACUGAUCAAGAAUUAUGCGUGGAGGUUAAAGAUCUCUCCACGGAGGAAGAGGAGAAAACAGAAGACGCUACUGUCUCAAGGAUAAAAGUGACUCUUCAUGAGACUGGAAUGUUACAUGUAGAUGAGCAUGAGGGUGUCUUGGAUGCUGCAGAUGACACGCCAAACACAGAGGACAAGGAGCUAAAUGUGGAAACAGAUCUUGCAGGCUGGUCUUUACAGCCCUCUACAGAAGCUAGUAAUUUGGGAGAAGAGAAGGAUGAUAGUACGUCCCUGUCUCUUGCCGCCGCCAUUGAACAGUACCAUGAACCUGACAGGACACUGUACGUUUACAAAAACUCGACCGUUGGGUCGGAUGUCAUGAUAAAUGUGGUGUCGUUGACUACAUUGGAAGUGCCUCUGAAAGAAGGCGCGGAAGCUGAAGUCAAAGACACAUCAGAAGCGGCAGUGGUGCAGCCUGGAUCUGAAGAAGAUAUGGACACUGAGCCUCGUGAGGAGGAUGAGGAAGCAGGAGCUGAGAAAGAUUCCACAGCAAGCCAAGCAACCAAAGACAUUCCAGAGUAUAAAUGUGAUGAGUGUGACUUCACCACCACGAAGACACACCUACAGCUUAGUCACGAAGUACUGCAUGCCGUUCCUGAUGAGAAGCAACUCUUUUACUGCUCUAAGUGCAGCUACACCACACCGCAGCGCUUCAACCUCAAGACCCAUAUAAAGACCCACUUUGACAUCAAGGAAAUGGACCCUAGCGAGUUGUUCAAGUGCCCGGAAUGUGAUUACGUAUCAUGUACAAGUACGAUCUGCAGACACAUUCCAAGAAGCAUAACCCUGAGAAGCAGUACCGGUGCUUCCACUGCGACUUCACCAGCAUCUACAGACACAGUCUUCUCCACCACAUCUCUUCAAAGCACCACGGUGUCCGACCAUUCCAGUGCUCUCUCUGUUCGUAUUCCGCCACGAGAAAGCAGGAUCUUGAGACGCACAUGUUCAAACACAAAAAGCAGAAGCGAUACAAAUGCACCGAGUGCGACUAUGAGACAACAUACAACCAUUGUCUUAAGUCUCAUAUGCACAUCCACAACGGUGACAAUCCUUUUAAAUGUACGCGCCCUGGAUGUACCUUCUCCACCAACUCCAAGUCCAACCUGAACUCACAUGUCACAAGACAUAGCAAGAGAAUUCAAUGUGAAUCAUGUGGCUUUGAAGCCAGUAGUGCCAAAACACUCAACAACCACAUAUGCCUCGAAACAAA